AUGUGCUUCUACCAUUUUAAGACUGCUAAAGAAGCGGCGUUCUACUGCCCAGUACCGUACGUCCUGGACCCGCCCAAUUGCUUCUACCAAGUGUUAGUGGAGGGUGAAGUGAAGAACUUGAGUGACGUCAGCCAAUCUUUGGCAGCGUUACAUUCCAAUCACUUCGUAACCGUGCGUAUAUAUAGUUCAGUUGUAGGGCCAUACGAGACUCUGCGCCAGACCCCACCGUUGGAGUGCCGCUGCGUGACCAUCAAGGGUGUCGUCCUGUCUACCAUCCAGAUCGAGCAUUACUACGCCAAGUAA